CCUCCUUCCAAAAUAACUCGUGACCGUUCAAUGCUUAAUUUUUAUAUCUAGCUAGCUAGAGCUACUGCACUCAUGGAGAGAGAACUCCCCCGAAUAUAAUUUUUUUUAAGAGACUCAUUUAGCGCAAUUAUGGAGACAUUUUCAUAUUGAGACUCGCUCUAGGACAACGAAACAUGUGGAGAGUACAAGGGUUUGUUGGAAGAGUUUUUAGCCGGUGCCAUGGCAAUGCCCCCCUGCGCCUGUCUCAGAAUCAUCACGUGGAGGAUGAGGUCAUCAACACCUCCACUUUCCUCGGCCGUCACUCCCCCGACAGCAGCUCUCAGAAAGGGGAGGAUGGAGACAAGAGAUGGAAGAAGAGGACCUCUCAGUUCUGCUACUCUGGGCUCCCGCGCUACACUGCUCUGGAUGCUGUGGGCUGGGGGGCAGCUGCGGUUCUGUUGAUCCAGAUCUGUAAGAAGGUCCACUCUCAGUUCUCCUCUGGGGCCGAACUCAACCCCAACACAGGAUGCCUGGCCAUACAGGGUACCCUGCAGAAAUUUGACUACCGCGUCCUACUGGAGAUACGUGAGUUAUGCCACAACCACUAUAACCUCAAGCAAUUCAUCCAUGAACUGCCAAACACAGGCCAGGAACACAGCAGCAGCAGCAGUAGUAACAGCUUCAGUAGCCCUGGCCAGCUCCAUGGAGAUGUGAUCGCUGACGGUUUCCUCUCUGACCAUCACGACUCCUCUGGAAGAGAGGAGACAUCCUUCUCAAAGUCCUCCCAUCCUGAAGACAAACACAGAGCCAGAAAGAGAGAACAGCCUCCGCAGCAGAAUGAGCAGGAUGCCCUAGCGGGGGCAGCCCAGAACCUCCAACAGGUGGCCGACUCCAGUGUUCCUGUAGUCCUCAACAUCAUUGGUCUGGAGAGUGCUCAGACUGGGGACUAUGAUGCAGCCUUCUCCUGUUUCCUGGCCUCAGCCAAACGGGGUUACUGCAAGGCCCAGUUCAACACUGGAGUCUGCUACGAGAAAGGCAGGGGCGUAAGCAAAGACUUGGAGAAGGCUCUUCACUUCUACGGCCAGGCAGCGUCUGGGGGUCACAGUCAGGCUCAGUACCGCUGUGCCAAACUCCUCCUCAGCAGCAGAGGGCAGCAGAGCACACGGCAGGACCUGGACACAGCCAUCAGCCUGCUGCAACAAGCUGCCUCAGCUGGACUGAGAGAGGCCCAAGUGUAUCUGGGUUCCCUGUUCUCACAGGAGCCAGUCAGAGACGGCCGUAAGUCGGUGCACUACCUGAAGAUGGCAGCAGAGAGCGGAGACAGUGAGGCCCUGCUGUUCCUGGGCCAGUGUUAUGAGAGUGGGUUCGGGGUGCCUCAGUGUUUCAGAACAGCAGUAGGGUUCUAUCAGCGGGCUGCCCAGGCAGGAAACAGCCAGGCCAAGACCUUACUGACGCCCCCGUAUGGAGUGGAGGAAGAAGCCGUCCUGCGCUCUAUCCGUUCUUCUCCGUGUUUCUCCGUAGUGGACCAUCUGCGGAAACCGCUCUCCACCCUCGCCUCCCCUGUCCCUCCCUCCAGUCGCCCCACCCUUCCCCUCCCACACUCCUGGAGCACAGGGAGCAUGGGUCCCCCUCCCACCCUGUCCUUCCUCCCCCUCCCCCUCCACCCCCCCAGCUCUGAAGGGAACGCCGUGAGGUGGACUAUAGGAGUGGGAUAGUUAGCGCCCACAAUCAUGACUUACGAAUGUAGUUCUGAUUGGAUAAGGAUGAAAAGGAUAGCGUGGUCAUAUGUUUAAACACUUGGUUGUGUCUCACUAAGGUUACUGCCUCACUAUCAGCACUUAUAACUGGAUUUGUGUGUGUAUGUGUUUGACUGUAAGUCAAUGUGUUGAGGAAUGUGUGUGUAAGUAUGGGAGAUGGCAAUACAUGUCUGAAAGACAUGCAUGUCAAAUAUGUGGUAUGGCUUUACCUGUUGGCCUUUCCUGAAAAAUACCUUUUAGUAGUAAUUUUCCAACGUAAUGCUCUCAUGGCACAUUCUUGGGCAGUUGUUGCACAAUAAACUGCCCUAUGGGAAGAAAGAU